AUGGCUUCUGAAUCCUCGAUCCCUCUCUACGACUGCUUGAUCAUCGGCGGCGGCAUUGCGGGCUUGUCGUCCGCACUAAGUCUGGUGCGUACGCUUCACACAGCCGUCGUCUUCGAUGAAGGCAUCCAUCGUAAUGACCAGGCGCCUCAUCUCGCCACCGUUCCGACCUGGGACAGCCAGGACCCGAAACGCUUCCGUGACGCCGCCAAACUCAACAUUCUUUCCAAGUACAGCACAGUUGAAUUUGCAAAUGUCAAACUAGAAAAGUUCAACAAAGCAUUGGGUAAGCCUUUCCUCACGAAAGUAUUCGGCCACGACUACGUGGUUCUGCCGUCCAAGUACUUCGAUGAUAUCAAGCGAGCGAGCCCACAGAGCUUGAGCUUCUUCCAAGCUCUGAGCGAUGGCCUGAAUAUGGAGGCUUCAGUCGGCCAUCUCUACGCUAGCACGACGGAGAUUGACGUGGUUGUCAAGCAUUUGAAUCCCCGACUUACCCAACUGACACCAUUGCUCUGCGAUGAGGCGGAAUAUGCCAUCGAGAGGGAAGUAGGAGCUCUACCCGACUGGAAAAAGUUCAAUGUUUCCAACCUCAUCGCCGCCAUCGUGCACCGGACUACCAACCGCAUCCUCGUGGGAAAAGAACUCUGUCGGAACGAAGAAUACCUUGCGAUUACCACCAAAUUCUCACGAUCGCUAUUCAUCAGCGGUAUCUUCUGGAACUUUGUCCGGCUGGGUCCGUUACGUAAACUAGUCGCUUGGUUGACCAUCGGACUUCAUCUGAGGGACCGUAAUGCCGCUGCAAAGGUCCUCCUGCCCCAUGUUCUUGCUAGACGACAGGAGAAGGAAGCCGGCGUCGACGUGGCCACCAAGUACCCCGAUGCGCUGCAAUGGACCAUUGAUACGGCUCCGUCCUUUCCCGGCGACGAUGAGCCCUUACAUCAAGUCUACCAUAUGUUGCAUCUGACCUUUGCAGCGAGCAGUGCGUCAGGUGUUGGCGUCACGCAGUGCCUGCUCAAUGUGCUGGCGUAUCCAGAGUAUUUGGAGCCACUUCGCGAUGAGAUCUCUACCGUGGUUGCGAGACAUGGUGGCUGGACUGACAAAGCUCUGUCGCAGAUGGCCUUACUCGACAGCUUCAUCCGGGAAACCAUGCGACUACACCCGGCGGGUUCUUUCAUGGAUGACCAUUUCCGAUUUCAUGACGGUCUAACCUUGCCCAAAGGCACAAACAUUAUCGCACCGGCGCUGGCGAUCCACUAUGACCCCGACAACUACGAGGACGCCCACCGAUUCGACGGAUUCCGGUUUGCUAGAUAUCGUCAGAAGCAAGGAGAGAACCACCGAUGGCUUGCGUCAACUAUUGACCAGAAGUUCCUUCAAUUCGGCUAUGGUAACCAUGCUUGUCCGGGCAGAUUCUACGCCAUUCGCAAGAUCAAACUGGUACUGGCGAAGCUGAUCAUGGAUUAUGACUUCAAGUGGGCCCAACCGCGCCCUGUUCAUGAUCGUCCUGAGGACUUCGCCAUUGAGGCGCAGUUGGUGGCCGCCCCGGAUGCCGAAAUCUUGAUACGUAGCCGUAACCUGUCUAAUUAA